CUCUCCCUUUGCAAUCUGAAGAAAGCUCGAAGAGCUCUUCAAUGGCGGGUGGUGCUGCUAUCUCUUCCGGCAAUGGAAAGCAGUACGCGGGAAGGAUGACUCCACAUGUUAUUUUCACUUGCAUUAUAGCAGCUACUGGCGGUUUGAUCUUCGGAUAUGAUAUUGGAAUUUCUGGUGGGGUGACAUCGAUGGACCCGUUUCUGCAAAAAUUCUUCCCAUCCGUUUAUCACAAGAUGAAAACGGAGGAUAAUUCUACGAAUCAGUACUGUAAGUUCAACAGCGUGCCGUUGACGAUGUUUACAUCUUCUCUGUACAUCGCGGCUCUCAUAUCGUCGUUCUUCGCAUCAUCGGUGACGAGGAAAUUUGGACGGAGGAUCUCAAUGCUGUGUGGUGGGGUCGUCUUUCUCCUUGGAGCGAUUCUCAAUGGCCUCGCCAAAAACGUGGCUAUGCUCAUCAUCGGCCGUUUCCUGCUCGGCAUUGGUAUAGGUUUCGCCAAUCAGUCUGUGCCACUAUACAUCUCCGAGAUGGCUCCAUCCAACUACCGCGGCUUCCUAAACAUGUUCUUCCAGCUCAUGAUCACAAUCGGCAUCCUCAUAGCUAAUCUCAUCAACUACGGAACAUCCAAGAUCAAAGGCGGUUGGGGCUGGCGCAUAAGCCUCGCUGGCGCAGUCGUCCCUGCUUUAAUCAUCACCGUUGGUAGCUUACUCCUCCCUGACACUCCCAACUCCCUUAUCGAACGCCACCCAGACAAUCCCGAAAAAGCCCGUGAAAUGCUCCGUCGCAUUCGUGGAACCGACGAUAUUGAAGAAGAGUAUAAAGAUAUCUUGGCUGCUAGCAUUCAAUCUCAGACCGUCACGCAUCCAUGGAGGAACAUUCUCGAGAGGAAGCACAGGCCGCAGUUGGUGAUGGCUUUCUUCAUACCUGUGUUUCAGCAGCUGACUGGGAUUAAUGUAGUUAUGUUUUAUGCGCCGGUGCUGUUUAAGACGAUUGGGUUUGGUAGCAGUGCAUCGCUUAUGUCGGCGGUUAUUACUGGUACUGUGAAUGCGUCUUCUACGUUGGUUUCUAUCUUUACCGUUGAUAAGAUUGGAAGGAAGGCACUCUUCAUAGAGGGAGGGAUUCAGAUGGUCACUUGUCAGGCCGUCGUUGGCAUCUUGAUCGGUGUGAAAUUCGGCCUAACCGGUGUAGCCCAAAUAGAUAAGAGCUACGCCAACCUAGUGGUUGCCUUUAUCUGCCUCUUCGUAGCAGGCUUCGCAUGGUCGUGGGGCCCACUUGGGUGGCUAGUCCCUAGCGAGAUCUUCCCCUUAGAGAUUCGAUCAGUGGGCCAGAGCAUCAACGCCUCGAUGAACAUGCUCCUCACAUUCAUCAUCGCACAACUCUUCCUUCAGAUGCUCUGCCACAUGAAAUUUGGGCUUUUCUUCUUCUUUGCCGGAUGGGAGUUGAUCAUGACCAUCUUCAUCAUCGCUCUCUUGCCUGAGACGAAGAACAUCCCCAUUGAUGAGAUGAUCUUUGUUUGGAGGAAGCAUUGGUAUUGGAAGAACUACGUUACAGAUGAAGAUAUCCCACAAGGGAUCGAAAUGGAAAAGGGUGGGCCCAAGACAAUCGUAUGAGUGUUUUUAACCGUUUGAGCUUGAAAUAAUCGGAUAUUCAUUGGCUUUUUUCUGUAUAUAUUGAGGAAUUUGAGUUGUUAGUAGGAUUUUUAGUGUUUUGGACCAUUAAACAAAGGGUAUGCUUUUGAUGAUUUUUUAAACUGAUUUAUUUUUACAGUUUGUUUA